AUGUCUGCUUCAUCAGCCUCUUGUAUUUUCUGUAAAAUCAUCAAGGGAGAAAUUCCAUCGUUGAAAUUGAUUGAGACUAAACUCAGCUAUUCAUUUCUUGAUAUCCAACCAACAGCUGAAGCCCAUUGUCUUGUUAUUCCAAAAUAUCAUGGAGCCAAAUUACAUAACGUUCCUGACGAAUAUUUAGCUGAUAUCUUACCAGUGGUGAAGAAAUUGACUAAAGUGUUGAACUUGGAUACUAAUAAUACUCCCGAAGGUGAAGGAUAUAAUAUUUUGCAAAAUAAUGGUAGAAUUGCUCACCAAGUAGUUGACCAUGUUCAUUUCCAUUUGAUUCCUAAAAAGGAUACGGAAACGGGGUUGGUUGUUGGCUGGCCAGCACAAGAAACUGAUUUUGAUAAGUUGAAUGCUCUUCAUAAAUCUUUACAAUCAGCAUUAGCUGAAGCCAAUGAUGAAAAAUUAUAA